AUGGAGCUGCAGGGUCCCAGUGCCAAGAGGAUGAGAUCGGAGGACCUCGCAGCCGGUGAGCCCCCGCCGUGGGCAACGGAAGCCACGGAGGCGGGCAAUCCCGGACCUACAACCCACAGCAAAGAACCGCCGCCGCCUGGUGCUGGCGGCGGCGACGACGACGUCGACCGCAUCAGCGGCCUCCCCGACGCCGUCCUCGGUGAGAUAGUUUCGCUUCUCUCCACCAAGGAAGCCGGUCGCACCCAGAUCCUCGCCUCGCGGUGGCGCCACGUCUGGCUCGCCUCCCCUCUCGUCCUCGACGCAUUGGACCUCUACACCAAGCGCAUGGUCUCACUCAUCCUUUCCGCCCAAGGCCUCCAGAAGUUUAACGCCGCCAACGAGGCCAUCGCCAGCGCGGUCUCCCUCAUCCUCUCCGCCCACCCGGGCCCCGGCCGCCGCUUCUGCGUCCCGCCGUACUUUCUCCAGGACCGUCCGGCCACCGUGGACGCCUGGCUCAGCUCCCCGGCGCUUGUCAACCUCCAGGAGCUUGAUUUCUGGGAACGGAAAGAUAUGAAAUAUUGGUAUAUGCAACCACCGUCUCCGUUAGCAUCGCCACCUGCCUCUGCUUUCCGGUUCUCAGCUACCCUCCGAGUUUCUACCUUGGGCAAAUGCGAGCUCCUGGAUAGCUCAGUGGAAGGGAUUCACUUUCCCUACCUCAAGCAGCUCGGCCUUGAAGACGUCAGCAUCUCAGACUCUCAGAGGGCUCACUGCAUACCAUCAUUUCCAGCUGCCCUGUCCUGGAGGCUGGAGUGCCUGCUGCUUAAAGUCUAA